GACGCGCUUGCAAAAAAAAAAAAAGAAAAAUUACUUUUUCAUAGCUCUGCUUGUAAUUAACUAAUUUGCAGUGUUGUUGCAUGUACAACUGUACUUAUAAACAGUUGGCGCAUGUGUUUGUAAACAAUUUAAGCGAAACACGCGCAUACUUUAACCAAUUCCAAGUGUGAAAAAAUUAUAGCAGAGCUCUGAGCACGCUUUUGCCGCCGCCGCUUUGUUGUUUUGGCGCCCGAAUUCGCGACGCACACGAAAAUUUUGCGUGCAUCUGUAAUUUUGGCUGCGUAAGCUAAAAAAUGGUAGAUCGCAGUGAUAAUGCAGCGGAAUCCUUUGACGAUGCCGUCGAGGAGCGUGUCAUUAACGAGGAGUACAAGAUUUGGAAAAAGAAUACACCUUUUCUGUACGAUUUGGUAAUGACCCAUGCUCUGGAAUGGCCUUCUCUAACGGCACAAUGGUUGCCAGAUGUCACCAAACAAGAUGGCAAAGAUUAUUCGGUCCAUCGGCUUAUAUUGGGUACACACACCUCGGAUGAACAGAAUCAUUUGCUUAUUGCCAGCGUUCAGUUGCCAAGCGAGGAUGCACAAUUCGAUGGCUCGCACUAUGACAACGAGAAGGGUGAAUUUGGAGGUUUCGGCUCUGUGUGCGGUAAAAUCGAAAUUGAGAUCAAAAUCAACCACGAAGGCGAGGUUAAUCGGGCUCGCUAUAUGCCACAAAAUGCUUGUGUCAUUGCUACCAAAACUCCAUCGAGCGAUGUGCUCGUCUUUGACUACACAAAGCAUCCAAGCAAGCCCGAACCUUCCGGUGAAUGCCAACCCGAUUUACGUCUGCGAGGACAUCAAAAGGAGGGCUACGGUCUCUCUUGGAAUCCCAACUUAAAUGGUUAUUUGUUGUCGGCCUCCGAUGAUCACACCAUCUGCUUGUGGGACAUUAAUGCUACACCUAAGGAGCAUCGCGUUAUUGAUGCCAAGAAUAUAUUCACUGGCCACACUGCCGUCGUUGAGGAUGUCGCUUGGCAUUUGCUGCAUGAAUCUCUCUUCGGUUCGGUGGCCGAUGAUCAGAAACUCAUGAUUUGGGAUACACGCAACAACAACACCUCGAAGCCAUCGCACACUGUCGAUGCCCAUACGGCUGAAGUAAACUGCUUAAGCUUCAAUCCAUACUCAGAGUUCAUAUUGGCCACAGGCUCGGCGGACAAAACGGUUGCCUUGUGGGAUUUGCGUAAUCUCAAGCUAAAACUACAUUCCUUUGAGUCGCACAAGGAUGAAAUCUUUCAGGUGCAAUGGUCACCCCAUAACGAAACCAUUUUGGCUUCCUCGGGCACCGAUCGACGUCUACAUGUUUGGGAUCUGUCGAAAAUUGGCGAGGAGCAGAGCUCCGAGGAUGCCGAAGAUGGGCCGCCAGAGCUUCUAUUCAUACACGGCGGUCACACGGCAAAAAUCAGCGACUUCUCCUGGAAUCCAAAUGAGCCAUGGAUCAUUUGCUCAGUCUCCGAGGAUAACAUUAUGCAAGUGUGGCAAAUGGCGGAGAAUGUGUACAACGAUGAGGAGCCCGAGAUACCCGCCACCGAACUGGAAACCAAUGCCGCUUAAAGCAAUCACAGUUCA